UGUCAAAAGUGUUUAUUAUUUGUUUGCCUAUAUUUGUGGUUUAUCGUCUCAAAUUGCAACGAAUAUAUAUUUAUAGUUAAUGUUACUGUAAAUUAACUUAAAGAACUACUUCAUGGAAGCUACAUGAAUAUAAUAAAGUAAUCAUUAGCGUUGUGGCAAGCGUAAUGGGGUGUCUACAUAGUAAAAAGGAAUCUUCGGAUCUGCACCCCAAUGUGUUCCGUGUUGUAAACAUAGACGAAAACGGUGCGGAUUUGUGCUCUGGACAAUUAGAAAUCACAGAGUCUGAUAUUAUUCUCUAUAGGGAAGGUAGAGAUUCAACAGUAUGGCCCUUACAUUCUUUGAGACGAUAUGGAUUUGAGGGGGAACUAUUUAGUUUUGAGUCAGGAAGACGAUGUGAAACAGGUGAAGGCAUAUAUGCUUUUAGAUGUAGAAGAGCUUCCUUGCUCUUUCGAAGCCUUCAACAACAAAUACAACUGAGAAAUGUCAUACAUGACUCUGUGCCAUAUCCUGUCUCAAGACUAACUCCAUCCCCUCAGGGUAGGCAGACACUACAAGCCAGUGUAGUUCAUCGCUCUUCUAUAGACAAUGGCCAGCCUGAUAAUCACAUUCCACCCAUUAAUAAUAAUCUUGCUAACAACAUACCACAUUCUACUGUGCGUGCAGUAAAUCAAUCACCACGGUCACCUUCUAGUGCUGACAUACUAGAAGUUAUGCCUUUAUAUCCACGUUCUCAGACUAAUGGCAAUCAUGUGACUAAUGUUUACCAGUUGAGGGAAUUUAAGAGAGAACACAAUAAUAAUAAUCAAGGAGAUACAUCUGAAACUCAUCAUGUAUAUAGCAAUGAUCUUAACAGAGAUUUAGCUAUAUUAAGAAACACAUUACGUCAAGAAACUGUUCUAAACACUAUGAGAGAUAUUGAAGAUGAGACUCGAUUUCUUGAAAGUAGAUACAUAAAUGAGACUAUACCCAAUAAACAGAUAAGUAGUCCUUUAUCUCCCACGCUAAGUAGUUCCAGUGAGCAUUAUGCGCAACUUAGUAUUGAACAACAAGAGUCUGCUCGACUCUACAUGAAUAUUGUACCAAAUGAUAAUAAUAUAUCAGAAAACAAUAAAAAUGACACUGUUCCAACAACACCUUUAACACCGAAACAAGUAGAUUAUUGUAAUUUAAGUGUCGGUACAAAGGCCGAAAUUAAUACAUAUGCUAAUUUAGCAUUGGGUGAAAUUGGUGACAAUAUCAAGAAUGUCAAGCAGAUGUUAAAUUUUUCAAACAUAUCAGAGCAUAAUCAGAAGUUUUCAGAGUCGGAUACUUUUACCUCAAUGUCACCAGUAGAGGAGCUAGAAGUAAAUUACGCUAUAUUAGAUAUUGAUUCUAACAAGGAAACUGGCAGGGUAUCCAGAGAUGUUGUAUCCCCAGAGAUGCAAUCUUAUAAUAGUUCUCGAAAUGAGAGCACAGCAUCAUGUUCGUCGCAACCUCGUGGACGGCUUGUGUCACAGAGUAGUGUAGAAAAGCAGGUCACAGCUAGCACAGCUGUAUCUCCCCCUUCAGCCACUAUAGGAUAUACUACUAUCGAUUUUGAUAAGACUGUUGCUUUGACGUCUGUAGCUGCAGGUGCAGAUGUAGACUUAGACGGUCAGCGCAAAACACGGCAUAAUUCCUGUAAUGUAAUAUGUGGUAGUCCUAGUAGCAUUGAUAAAAUGAAGUCCAGUAAUAAUUAGCGAAAUUUAA